CAACAACAACAACAAGAGCAACAGAAUGGGAAGAGUAAAAAUGUUGACUUUGUGGUAGAAAAAGUCCUGGACCACGGUGUUGCAAACGGGAAGGUGGAGUACUUCCUUAAGUGGAAGGGGUUCACAGAUGCUGAUAAUACUUGGGAACUAGAAGAAAAUUUCGAUUGUCCAGAAUUAAUUGAAAGAUUUCGUAAUUCUCAAAAAGCCGGUAAAGAAAAAGAUGGUACAAAAAGGAAAUCCUUAUCUGACAAUGAAUCUGAUGAUAACAGAUCGAGGAAGAAAAGAGACACUGCGGACAAACCAGGGGACUUUGCCAGAGGUCGCAAUCCUGCACUAAUAAUCGGCGCCACGGGCAGCAGUGGAGAGUUAACGUUUCUCAUGAAAUGGAAGGACUCGGAUAAGGCUGACUUGGUGCUGGCAAAGGAGACAAACGUCAAGUGUCUCCAGAUUGUCAUCGCCUUUUACGAGGAGAGGCUGACUUGGCAUUCUUGUCCUGAAGACGAAGCGCAGUAA